AUGGGCAAUGUGUAUAAGAAUUCCAUCUGUAACAUUGCCGCAACCGAUGGCAAAGAUUCUUCCCAAGGUUGUCUUUAUAUGAGGAAUCCUCGUGCCAUUCAACCAGAGCCCUGCAACGGGAUUUCAGGCCAGAGAGAGUAUCUGGUCAAUAAUUCAGAUGUGUUUAAACAUCAUGUCUUAUACACUCGCGGCUGGGUGCUACAAGAAGUUCUUUUGGCACCCCGAGUUUUGCGUUGUUGCCGUGAGCAGCUGUACUGGCACUGUGACGAACUCCGGGCUUCGGAAAUUUUCCCGAAUGGAAUGCCAGCAUCCAUCUCAGAAGAUUACCAUCCCGUAACAAAAUAUCGAAGCUUCAGCAACGGUGGGAAGCGUACUAUUCUUACGUCUUCGGCUCUAGAAAAUGUUGCAUCAAACUUGCUCCAUUAUGCAGGUUCUGCAACAGCACCUCGCUGGAUUGAGUUAACGCGAGCGUAUUCAGCUGACCUUGAUAUAAACACGUUCGGGUUCGAAAUACUAGGUAAAGACCUAGGUAUCCCUCUGGAAGACAUAAGCAAAUACUUAGAUCACCUUUCUCUCUAUGAAGAGCUCAGCCUCAGACGGAAGCUCAAUGCUAGCCAUCCAUUUACUUACUGUGCAAGACUCGUUCAAGCAUAUUGCAGCAUGUCUUUCACCAGAGCAGAAGAUCGAGCAGCUGCUUUUGCUGGUAUAAUCUCGCUUUUAAGACCACAUCUUGGAGAGUACCUGGUUGGACUGUGGAAGGUAUUUCUGCCUUUCGAGCUAUUAUGGGUCGCAGUGAAGCCUUCUAAUAUACAAAGAGCGCUGAGAGCGCCAAUUUGGUCUUGGAUGUCCAUUUAUGGCGCUGUUGAUUACUCUAGGUGCGGGCACAGUGUGCAACAUGACCAAAUCCUGGUUGAAUUGCUUUCUGUGUCAGUCAACUAUGUAUCUAUCGACAUGUCUCGCGCCUCUAGGUGGGAGAUGAGGCUCCGAGGCAAACUCGCUGUUGGGGACUAUAAGCACAGAGGAAAUAGGCUGUCCAAACGAGUCCACAUGCACUACAUUGGAAAUCCGACUUGGCAACUCUUGCCGUCUGGGGAAUUCGAAAUAAACCCUACAGAACUAUUCCUGGAAUCCGAUAAUCCACCCCCUCCAUCAAUUUUCUUGGAUGAAGUUGAACCAGUUGAACUAUAUGACGGACAGUUUGUCUUCUUUCUUCUCUUCAAAGAUAAAGUCGCCUGGACCAAAGUCCAGACGGGCCUUGUGUUACGUUUGGUGGAGGAUGAGCAACGAUUUCGCAGGAUUGGUGUUUUUGAUGGCUCAAACCCCAAGGUGCAGGGAAUUUUUGAUAUAGUUGAGCCUACCGAGGUUAUCUUGGUGUAAGCAUUCCCACGUAUGGUAUGGUCAGUCUAGCUUUCACAUGCGGAG